AUGGAACUGAUGCACAGAGUUCAAGACCGGGAGCGUCCCAGUAAACCGACGACAGUGGAGGAGGUGGGGCCUCCCACCAGGGAGCAUGAUAUCGACGAGCACGUCAAGGUGCUAAAGACUGUGCCACCACCGAGACCUCAGUCAAAGUCUGCCAACCGAAAGUCACCAGUGUCACAAAAAAUGACUAAGCAUCCAACCUCUCUAUCCAAAAACAACAGUGCUGUCCAGACUCCCGGCUCGAAAAGAAAACAAGCAUGGUCACCAGGGACACAGGGUGGACUUCAGAAGCCCCCGCAGUCGGUAAAAGAAACAACGCCUUCCGCCAAAACGGCAACAGAAAGCGAGUUGAAUGAUGCACCAACAGACGACAUCCCGACGGAUGUUAAAUCUUUUCCCACCUCGCCCCCACAGUGUGUUCAGGAAGUUAUUGGUGAUAAGAGCGACCUUCAGGAGAUCAAGCAAGAACUUGCCCUCCUGCGCGACAUCUUUGGCAAGGAGCUAGAGGACGUUCGAAACUUUCUACAAGAAAACCGAGAAGAAAUUGAGCGGAGCCGUCGGACUACACAGGAGCUCAAAUUCACAAAAGAAGGGAAAGAAAACUCCCAACCGGAGAACCAACAGACGCACCAACAAUUAAACCUAUCCGAUGGCUCCCAUCUCCCGACAGAAGAUGUGGUAACUAAUUUGCAGGCUCCACGUUUCCGCCAGCUAUCUGCACCACCGCCCGUCAAUAGCACGCUCCUUGUAGCCCAAAAGGCACUCAGGGAAGUUGAACAGAGAAGAAAUAACUUGGAGACCAACAUC